AUGGUACCCGCGAGUGUGACUGUUGAGUCGCCCGCCAAAAAAACUGCGUCGCGGCGUGCCAAGACAGAAGCGACGAUCGAGCCGCUGUAUAUGUCGAAUGCGCCUGUGGCAUCAGACGAGGCCCCGUUCAGUUUCGGCCAUCUUCCUGACCCUUCCAAAUGGAAAAGCGCGUUUUCCUUUACCAAGGAGCACAUGGCGCGGCACCGCUACUUUGUUGCGCGCCGCGAAACGGCACAAGAGAUUGUGUCCAAAAUUGGGCUUGACGAUGCUGAGCGCCGUGGCCGAAAGGUCACGGUUGUUGAAGCGUAUGCGGGCCCUGGCACCAUCACGCGUGAACUUAUGCAGCAUCCCAACGUUGAGCGCGUUGUCGCAUUGGAGAAUGUGACCACCUUUUUGCCAUGGCUCGAGCAAUUGUACCACGAUCCUGCCAUGGCUGCACACAAAGAAAAGCUACAUAUCCUGCCAGAGUCUGGCUUUGCUUGGGACACGUACGAAACGCUGGUGAACGGUGGCUAUCUCGCUCACCUGGAGAACAAGGUACCGAAUCUUGGAGAGCACGCGCCGCCGAUGCACUGGGACGAGCCGAGCCCGAUUGUGUUUGUGGCGCAGAUUCCGAAUACUGUGCAUGGAGAGCAGCUCUACGCACAGCUCGUCCACGCGAUCUCCUCUGGAUUUUGGCUGUUUAAGUACGGCCGCGUCAAGAUGGUGUUUGUAUGCGGAGAGGCCGUAGCCGUGGAGCACAAAAACCGUGCCAAGCUGGGCACAACAGUGCAGUGCCUCAGUACACCAGAGCUCUUGAUCCCAGCCAGCGACUUGCAGCCGUACGCAGACUACUUUUACCCGCCCACCCCAUCGAUCGGUCCACGCGUGCCGGUGACGAGUACCUUUAUCCCCAAUUCGAACAUUUCUUCUGGGCUCUCCAAGCGCAAUCUGUGUGUGUUGAGCGUUGAUCCGCUCAAGAAGAAGCUUGUACAAAGCCGCGAUUUGGAUGCGUUUGAAUUCCUCACUCGCAACCUGUUUGUGCUCAAGACGAAACAGAUUGCCGAGGCGCUCAAACAUGUCGUUCCUGGCGCAGCAAACAUCCUGAAACUUGUCUCGCCCGAGCAUCCAAGAAUGAAGGACCAUCCCGAGCAGGUGAUCCUUCCUGAUACCCCCGUCGUUGACCUGACCAACGAGCAAUGGGCAGCGCUUGCGAUGGUGUUUGAAAAGUGGCCAUUUCGGCCGCAGAACCUGUUUGAAGAGGGCCGGUUGCAGCGCGGCAAGAAUGCCGACAACCAAUUUUUCUAG